AUGUGGCAUCGUGAAGUAGUUUCGCAACAACAAAUCACACUUCAAGACAUUCCCGAAACGCAAAUCGUUUACCGUCGACAUCAAGCAAAACGCGUGAGAUUAAACAAAAUGCUUGAAGCACCACUGGGGCAAAUAUUUUCGCACAUUUUGGAAUAUCCAAUUGCGUUUGUCUCUCAUUGCGGAACUCUUCAAAAUAAACUGUGA